UCUUGUUCAUGUGAACGUGUUGACAUUUAGUCGUAUAAUUCUUAAUCUAUGCAUUUAGUGCUGAAAACAACACAAAGUUACAAUUGUGAACAAUAUAUCAUGUGUUAAUGAACUGUUAACGAUUGAAGUGAAUAUGUACUGGUAGUAAGCGUGCAAAGGUGGACAGACAGAACCAACCACCAAACAUCUGUUCACUUGUAUUCUAACAAACAAACGAUAUCUGUUAUCGAGGUGAUUACCAGGAGAAUUUAAUCAUGGAAAUAGCUAAAUCUCUAUUUAGGGAUCACCGUGAUCAUGAGGGAUAUGUUGGCAAAGAAGACAACAAUAAACGUGAAUUGGAGUUGGCUAUUUCCGAAAUUGAGGAUGAGGAGAGUCUGGCGGAGUCUUUUCAUGAGGGGGUGUCAAUGAGUGAAUUGCUGACACCUAAUCCAGGUGGGCCUUUUUCUGCUCUCACACCUUCAAUGUGGCCGCAGGAUAUAAUGGCCAAGUUGUCAGUUGUUCCAGAAGAUCCUAAUUCACAACCUGAAUAUAGAUAUGAUGAAUUUGGCUUCCGUGUGGAUGAAGAAGACGGCCCUGAACAAAGUUCCAACAAAUUGCUUGGUAUACCCUUCGUCGAAGAUCCCCAGCAUCGUUUAAACUGGGUCGCGCACUUGGAAUUCUCCCACAACAAAGAAGUCUCGUCUCUCAGCUGGGAAAAAGUCGAGGUUCGUCUACCACAAACCGACAAACUACGCACAAUGGUACUUGAGGGUGUGCCGCAUUCAAUGCGCCCACAACUCUGGCUGCGAAUGUCUGGCGCACUUGUCAAGAAGCAACAAUCCGAGUUAACUUACAAAGACAUUGUGAAAAUGUCCAGUAAUGAUUCGUUGAUGACUUCGAAACAGAUUGAAAAAGAUUUGCUGCACACAAUGCCCACAAAUGCUUGUUUUAGUAACAUUAACAGCACUGGCAUUCCCAGAUUAAGAAGAAUACUGCGUGGAAUUGCUUGGUUGUAUCCGGAUAUAGGAUACUGUCAAGGAACUGGUAUGAUUGCCGCAUCACUACUGCUUUUACUCGAAGAAGAAGACGCUUUCUGGAUUAUGGUCACCAUUGUAGAAGAUCUCCUACCAGCUUCCUAUUACAGUUCGACUCUGAUCGGUAUCCAGGCUGAUCAGAAAGUCCUGAGGACUUUAAUUACGAACUUCCUGCCGGAUGUCGAUGAAACAUUAAAUCACGACAUUGAGUUGUCGCUCAUCACAAUGAAUUGGUUUCUCACUUUAUAUGCGAGCGUGGUUCACAUGAAAAUCCUUUUAAGGAUCUGGGACCUUUUGUUUUUUAAUGGUUCGUUAGUUUUGUUUCAAAUUGCGCUCGGGAUGUUGAAGAUGCGCGAACCGGAAUUGAAAAGAUUGGAGAAUUCGGCAGCGAUUUUUAACGCCCUGUCGGAUAUUCCGGGAGAUAUCGACGAUGUGGAGAAGUUAUUAGAAGUUUCAAUGCAAGUGGCAUCAUCUCUGAAUGAUGUGAUGAUCGAGGCAUAUCGUAGAAGACAUUUGGCGUAUUUAAUGGCGGAUCAGGGCGCAUUGGUUGGCAAUCCGGAAGCUGCUCCGAAUCUACCCAAACAACACCUUGCACGUCGACAAGUGAAGAAAACUAAGUCUGUUAUACAAUUGUUGCUUUUCAAUGAGAAUGGUUCAAGUGAUUUGAAAUGCAAGAAUAUCAAACAGACUGAAAUAUUGGUUGAUUUGAGGGAAGGAAUAUUACAGAUUGUACGACAUUUUCUACAAGUCGAUCCCAAAUUGAGUACGGAAAUAUCUUUAGUAGCUGAUUAUUCGAUGGAAAGUCAUGCUGCUGAUCAUUCCAAUUAUAUUAAUGUUUCCAAGAAUAGAAAAAGGCGUGCUAAGGCUUUACUAGAUUUUGAGCGUCAUGAUGACGACGAAUUGGGUUUUCGCAAGAACGACAUCAUCACAAUUAUCAGCCAGAAGGACGAACACUGCUGGAUCGGUGAAUUAAACGGACUUAGGGGCUGGUUUCCUGCUAAAUUCGUUGAAUUAUUGGACGAAAGAAGCAAACAAUACAGUUGUGCGGGUGAUGAUAGCAUAUCCGAGACAGUGACGGACUUAGUAAGAGGAACACUUUGUCCUGUUUUGAAGCACGUGCUGGAACACGGCAUGAAACGUCCGAAUUUCCUUGGGGGACCUUGUCAUCCAUGGUUGUUUAUCGAAGAAGCGGCGACGAAAGAAGUUGAAAAAGAUUUCAACUCUGUCUACAGUCGAUUGGUACUGUGUAAGACUUACAGACUGGAUGAAGAUGGCAAAGUUUUAACUCCAGAAGAAUUACUUUAUCGUUCUGUACAAGCGAUAAAUCUCUCUCAUGACAAUGCACACGCACAGAUGGAUGUAAAACUUCGAAGCUUGAUUUGUCUCGGUCUGAACGAGCAAGUUUUGCACCUUUGGUUGGAGGUUUUGUGUUUAUCCAUUGACAUUGUACAAAAAUGGUAUCAACCAUGGUCAUUCAUCUACAGCCCUGGCUGGGUGCAAAUUAAAUGCGAUUUACGCAUUCUAUCACAACUCUCAUUCAAUCUUAACCCCGAUUGGGAGCUACCCGUUAAGAAAGAGCCCAACAACCAGCCACUCAAAGACGGCGUUCGUGACAUGCUAGUGAAACAUCACUUGUUCAGCUGGGAUAUAUAAUCAAGACGAAGAUAGUUUAUAACCAAUUGACGUCCAUCCAGAUAAUUGUUAACAAAUGACUGAUGAUUAUUUUUUGGGACAUUUUCACAUUUAGCUCUAACUGAAUAAUGAGAUCUCGUACUAAUCGUAAUAAUUGUUCAUCUAUUAAUUUAUUACACUAUUUAACGUUUCUAAACUGUUUAGCUUUAUAUUUAUGUUGAAAAUGUGAUAAACGCAUAUUUAACUCAUGUGUCUACAGUGUCUUAUCAUCUAUAUAUGUUGUUGGUUGCUUGCAUUAAAGAGCAAGCAAAUGAUAUGUCUUGUUUUCUAAACGCCCACGCAUUAGGUUUCUCAAAUUUUCCAAAUUUUGUAUGGCAACCUGUACAAAUAAAGCAUUUUGAGAUUUCAUAUUUGAAUCUAAAA